CUGUCAAAUUAUGGGAGUUGAUGAGAAAAAGAAACCAAAGAUCACUUUAUAUGAACAUGUGAAUUUUAAGGGCAGGUCUAAAACAUUCACGGAAGCGAAUGACAAUUUGAUAGAUGAAGGAUUCAAUGAUUAUUCAUCAAGUGUAAUCGUAGAAGGAGGAGUAUGGGUAUUGUACCAACACUGUAACUAUACAGGAAAUGUUUGUGUAGUAAUGGAAGGUGACAGAACCAAUCUCUUGAACUGUAGAGGAGAUAAAGGCACAAAAAUUCAUGAUUUUAAUGAUGUUGUUUCAUCUUUAAAGCCAUUGAACUACGAUUUUACUGAAGAGCCAAAGUGUACCGUUUACAUACAUGGUUUUGAAGGUCGUUCCUUAGAAUUCACAGAUGACAUUUUGGACCUUGGGUGGUAUAAAAUGAGCAAUCAAAUAUCCUCCAUCAGGGUGCAUAGUGGAGCAUGGGUUGGGUAUGAUAUGGUUAAUUUCCAUGGAACACACUCUCUCUACUUGAAAGGGGACCAUAUCAUGUCAUCCACAGAAGGAGGAUUUAGAAAUGACCAGCUAUGUUCACUAAGAGCCCUACACAUUACGGACACUAUUCCUUUAAUUGUUGAUAAAAUAGAGUUUCAUGCAGGAGGACAUCGUACUUUAAAACCCACGACUGUUUUGUCUUGGACGCAGAAAAACAACACCGAUAUCAAACAAAAGCUGUCUAUCAGUAAGGAAAAGAUCAUCACAACUGAAAAUACAUACCAAUUUCGCUGGGAUACUGGAGCUAAAAUUUCAUUUGACAUGACUACUGAAAUAUCAGCCGAUUUGGAGGCAGCUUUGGGAGUUCCCUUGUCGGUCAGCGUAUCAAUGGCCAUCGGUAUGGAAGCGCACUUAAACAUCGGGAAAACACUCGAAAGAAAAAUUUCAAAAACAGAAAAAUGGAAUGUUCAGUAUCCAACAGAAAUUCCACCUAAAUCUGAGAUAACGUUGACAUCAUACAUUACAAAGGGGAAGAUGGAUAUUCCGUUUACAGCCCACUUUCACAAAGGAGAAAAAAGAUGGACAGAGACUGGCACAUACUUCGGAACACAAUACUUCGGUUUUGUUACAGAUAUUCAACAGAAAACUUUAGGUUAAACCCAAACCUCAGUACUGAUAAUUUAUCGCUUCUGAUUUUUUAUUCAACAUGAUUGAGAUUUGUAAAAUCUGUAGAUUCAACUCAUUAACCCAUGCAAAAACAAUAUUCUCUGUUUGAAAUGAAUUCCAAAUAUGUCAAUUUUUAUUUAUAAAAACAAAAG